GCAAACCUUUUUAUCGUAUCAUUAGACUUUAGCCUCUCGAUCAAUAUACAUUACAGACACAUCCUCCUUUCUCUUUUAUUUUUCUUUCUCGUUGGUUCCAUAGCUAAACAUACAGAACACUACUCUUUCCACGUACCCAGGAAUUGCAGAAUGGCAGACGCACUUACAGAAGAUCAGAUCGCCGAGUUUCACGAGGCUUUUUGCUUGAUUGACAAGGAUUCAGAUGGUUUCAUUACGAUGGAAGAACUGGCGACUGUUAUCCAAUCAUUAGAUGGACACCCGACGAAAGAAGAAAUUCGAGACAUGAUAAGUGAAGUUGAUUUUGAUGGAAAUGGAACUAUUGAUUUUCAGGAGUUCUUGAACAUUAUGGGAAGGAAAAUGAAGGAAAAUGUUGUUGAGGAGCUGAAAGAAGCCUUCAAGGUAUUUGACAGAAACCAGGACGGAUUUAUAUCAGCAAAUGAGCUGAGGCAAGUGAUGAUAAAUCUGGGGGAGAGACUAACAGAGGAGGAGGCAGAACAGAUGAUCAGAGAGGCUGAUUUGGAUGGGGAUGGUCUGGUUAGUUAUGAGGAAUUCGCAAGGAUGAUGAUGGCUUUCUAAUCAUUUUCACUCGUUAUAUAUACAUGAUCAAUCACAUUCAAAGCCCGUGUUAUUUAUUUUCUUUCUUUUUCUUUUUUUGUUAUAUUCAAUUAAUAAUGACAGUGUUGUAGAGUAUAAAACCGAAAAAGGCCAAAGAAAAACUAUUAUGUUAUGAUCAUUAUUCAUGAAUAAUCAGAUAAUUAAAACCUUCAAUCUUA